AUGGAGUGUGGUUUUCAAAAGCCCUUUCGUUUUGAACAAAUGUGGAUGAAGGAUAGUGGAUGCACAAAUACUAUAGAAGCAGUUUGGAGAAAACAUACGGAGGAGUCGUGGGACACAAAAAUUGUCACCAAGAUAGAUCAUUGUGGUAAGGCACUUACACGUUGGAGCAAGCAAGCUUUUGGAAAUGUCAAACGUGAGAUUGAGAGGAAAAGAAAAGAAUUAUCUAAGGUAGAGAGAAGAGCUAUCAGUGGAGGAGACCCAAGACCUAUGAAAACUUUGCAAGAGGAGAUAAACUUGUUGGUUGAUAAAGAAGCCACUAUGUGGCAGCAAAGAUCCAGAAUUUUGUGGUCAAAAGAUUGGGACAAAAACACAAGACCCGAUCACUUGGAAGAAGUUAUAGAUGUUAUUCCUGAGGUAGUCACUGCUGAGAUGAAUGCAAGCUUAACUUUUGAAUUUACAGCUUUGGAGGUGGAAGUAGCCUUGAAACAAAUGGCCCCCUUAAAGGCCCCCAGCCCUGAUGGUUCUUUACCUGCUGCCCUUGGUCAUUCUUUUGUUACUUUAAUCCCUAAAGUGAAAAAUCCGAAGGCUAAAGAAGAUGAAUGCUUAAGGUUGCUUGAGAUUUUGGUGACCUAUGAGAGAGCCUCGGGGCAGCAAAUUAAUAGGGCUAAAACAACACUCUUUUUCAGUAAAUCAACCUCAUAUGAUGUGCAAGAGGUGAUCAAAGAGGCUCUUGGGGUACAGGUGGUUCAACAAUAUGAAAAGUAUUUAGCUCUACCUUCUCUUGUGGGUAGAAAGAAAAAGGAGAGUUUUGCCAAUCUAAAGCAAAGAAUUUGGAAGAAAUUGCAAGGAUGGGAAGCUAAACUACUAUCACAUGUGGGGCGAGAAAUUUUACUCAAAGCUGUUGCACAAGCACUCCCUACCUAUACGAUGUCUUGUUUCAAGCUACCAAUCACUCUUUGUCAUGAGAUUGAAGCUUUGAUCUGGAAAUUCUAUUGGGGGCAACAUGAAGAUGCUAGGAAGAUACAUUGGGUAAAGUGGCAAGAGUUGUGCAAACCAAAGUCACAAGGUGGUAUGGGCUUUAAGGACCUCUUCCGGUCUAAUGAUGCUCUCUUGGCCAAACACACUUGGCGACUCCUCCAUGAUCAUCACUCCUUAUUUUAUCGAGUCUUCAAGGCACGAUUUUUCCCGGAUUGUAGUAUUAUGGAAGCAAAAGAAUCAAGUAACGCUUCGUUUGUGUGGAGGAGUAUCCUUAGGGGUCGAGAUGUAAUUAAAAGAGGGGCUGUUUGGCGGAUUGGGAAUGGCAAUUCAGUUCAUAUAUGGAAUGAUAGGUGGCUGCCAGGGGCGGUCAAUAAUAAAAUCAUCUCCCCUGCUAUUGUAGCAAAUAAUAAUGCCAUGGUUAGCUCCUUGAUUGAUCAGACUAGCCGAGAAUGGAAAGGGGAACUCAUUGACUCCUAUUUCUUUGAGUGGGAAGCUAAUAUCAUCAAGAACAUACCUCUUUGCCGUUCUUUUCAAGAGGAUGUUUUGAAUGGCCUUUUAGCCUGGACGGAGAAUGGCAGGGACCCGGAGCUGUUCUUAUCAAUGGCUUGGACUUUGUGGAAUAGAAGGAACAAUAUCAGGCUUGGGAAACCCUCUAUCCCGCUGGAGUAA